UAUAGCACGAUGAUCUCUGACCCGGUCCUGAUGUAAUUAAAAAUAUAACAUACCUAAUUUUAAAAACUCGUACUUUUCGCACUAUUGCAUUUAAAAGAAAAGAAAUUGGUUGCUCAAUAUUAAACAGUAUGUCUUCCAUUAUUAUAUUAUAUUCGCUUUUCGGGAUUUCCGUUUAACCAGAAGCCAAUCAGCAAUCCUUAAAAAACAACCAAUCGGAUGAGACUUCUCGGUGUGACAGUUGUUGUGGCGCAUGCGUAUUGUUUUUUUCUCCUGUAGCAGCAGAACACACAGCACCUCAGUCUUGGCCCCCACUCUCAGCAGCAACACGGUUGGCACCAACAGCAUCACCGGCUCCGGUGGCACAGAGGGAGGAUGGUCCAGCGGAGAACCUGCCGGGAGUGUGAAUGACAGGGAAGUGCUGAUGGCGUCUGGUUUUUGUCUGUUUCUGAACGCGCGACUGGCGGCGACCAAGUGAAACGGCUGUGGCAGAAUAACACUGAACCAUGUUGCUCUAAGUUGUGACCUGUGGUGAGCAGGGGAGGUGGAGGAGGAGGAGGAAGAGGGAGGCGUAGGCCUACAAGCAGACGAACUUUGGCCACACUAUCUUGCGGUGGCAUUGAGCCAGCUUUAAGCCAUGGGCAACACAGCCACCAAGUUCCGCAAGGCCCUGGUGAGCGGCGACGAGGCCCUGGCCUGGCAGCUGUAUGAGGGCAACCCUCAAUUCAGGGACGGCUUGGAUCCAAAUGCAUCAUAUGGAGAGCAGUACCAGCACAACACAGCCCUGCACUACGUCUGCCGCCAUGCCAUGACACGUCUGCUCAGAUCCUUCCUGUUUAGCAAAGAGGGGAACCCCAACAAGCGUAAUGUUCACAAUGAGACGUGCCUCCAUGUUCUGUGUCAAGGCCCGCGGAUCCUGUUCCUGCCACAGGGAGCGCUGUCACCACGACUAGCUCGACCCCACAGGGACGAGCAGCGCCGUGCAGACUGCCUCCAGAUGAUCCUUAGCUGGACUGGGGCCAGGCUGGAGGGAGGCCAGUAUGAAAAGGCCAACGUCAACGCCACUGACUACCAGAGCAGCACCUGUCUGCACUACGCUGCCGCUGCAGGCAUGAAGAGCUGUGUGGAGCUGUUAAUCCAGGGCGAGGCGGACCUUUUCGUAGAAGACGAGGACAAGCUGACACCGUGUGACCAUGCGGAGCGAUUUCGCCACACCGAGCUGGCCCUUAGCCUGGAGUCGCAAAUGGUUUUUUCCUCCUCUUCGACUCAGCAGUCAAACACAGACGCACAUGUUGAAAACAACCUGCUGCAGUACAAGGAGCCCUAUGAAGGACUCAAGCUUCAGGACCUGCGGAGGCUGAAGGACAUGCUGAUUGUGGAGACGGCAGACAUGCUUCAAGCCCCUCUUUUCACAGCUGAAGCUCUGCUCCGGGCACAUGACUGGGACAGGGAGAAGCUCCUGGAGGCCUGGAUGUCAGAUGCCGAAGGCUGCUGUCAGCGCUCCGGUGUGGCCAUGCCAACUCCACCACCCAGCGGCUACAAUGCCUGGGACACUCUACCCUCACCUCGCACUCCCAGGACCCCACACUCACCCCUUACACUCACCCUCACCUCCCCCACAGACAGCUGUCUCACGCCUGGUGAAGAAAGUCUGGCUACGUGUGGUAUUUGUCUCUGCUCCAUCUCUGUCUUUGAGGACCCGGUGGACAUGUCCUGUGGCCAUGAGUUCUGCAGAGCAUGCUGGGAAGGGUUCCUCAAUGUGAAGAUUCAGGAGGGCGAUGCACACAAUAUUUUCUGUCCAGCGUUUGAAUGUUAUCAGUUGGUGCCAGUGCACGUGAUAGAGAGUGUGGUUUCCAGAGAGAUGGACCAGCGAUACCUGCAGUUUGAUAUCAAGGCAUUCGUGGAGAACAAUCCCGCCAUCCGCUGGUGUCCAGCAGCACGUUGUGAGCGGGCGGUGCGUCUCACCCGACCAGGUCCAGGAGACAAUGACCCCCACAGCUUUCCACUGUUGUCUUCCCCAGCUGUGGAUUGUGGCAAGGGUCACCUCUUCUGCUGGGAGUGCCUCGGUGAGGCCCACGAACCAUGUGACUGUCAUAUGUGGAGAAACUGGCUCCAGAAAGUCACAGAGAUGAAGCCAGAAGAAUUGGCAGGUGUGAGCGAGGCCUACGAAGAUGCUGCUAACUGUCUGUGGCUGUUAACCAACUCCAAGCCGUGUGCCAACUGCAAGUCACCUAUUCAGAAGAAUGAGGGCUGCAAUCACAUGCAGUGUGCCAAGUGUAAGUACGAUUUCUGCUGGAUCUGCCUGGAGGAGUGGAAGAAGCACAGCUCAUCGACCGGAGGCUACUACCGCUGCACCCGCUACGAGGUCAUACAGCAGCUGGAGGAGCAGUCCAAAGAAAUGACUGUGGAGGCAGAAAAUAAGCACAAGAGUUUUCAGGAGCUAAACCGUUUCAUGCACUAUUACACUCGCUUCAAGAACCAUGAACACAGUUACAAGCUGGAGCAGAAGCUGCUAAAAACUGCUAAAGAAAAGAUGGAGCAGCUGAGCAGAGCCUUCAUCUGCCGUGAAGGCACUCCUCCAGACACGCGUUUCAUCGAAGACGGUGUGACAGAGCUGCUAAAGACGCGCCGCGUGCUGAAGUGCUCUUACCCGUACGGCUUCUUCCUGCAGCAGGGCAGCACCCAGAAAGAGAUAUUUGAGCUCAUGCAGACUGAUCUGGAGAUGGUGGUGGAGGAUCUGGCUCAGAAAGUGAACCGACCGUACCUGCGAACGCCGUGUCACAAGAUCAUCAGCGCUGCGCGGCUGGUCCAGCAGAAGAGGCAGGAAUUCCUGGCAUCUGUGGCUCGUGGCGUGGCUCCCAACGACUCUCCUGAGCUUCCCCGUAGAAACUACCCUGGAGGAUCAUGGGACUGGGAGUACCUUGGCUUUGCGUCUCCAGAGAUGGGGAGUCGUCACUCUGUGCUGGGAGCCGAUCAAAGGGACAGGCAGUCGCAGGAUUAUGCUGACAUACAGUACCGCCGUAGACACAGGCCACGGCGCAGAGGAGAAAUGCUGAGUUUGCACAACCUUAGAAGUAACAGCAACACACCUGAGACCAGCAGGAGGAGCGACAACACAGAUGUUCACGAGAGGAACGAUGGCCGCAGGAGAGUUCUGGGAUCACUGGACGAAGAUGAUCCUAACAUCCUCCUGGCCAUCCAGUUGUCGCUCCAGGAUUCCCGCAGGGAGCGAGGCCUGGACGGUGGAAUAGAGGAGAGAGCGGAGCUGGACCACGUGCUGGACAGAGGACAGGACAGGAUUCCUGGUCCAGCAGGGGACCUGGGUGAGGUGGCUUUGCACUCCCUCAUCCCUGAUGCUCCUCAAGGAGCUAGAGGCGCCGCCACCUCCUCCUGUUUCCCUGCUUCUAGCCUGGAGCCUCCUCGACCACCUAACAGGACAGACUCCAAACCACAGGCUCUCACCUCGAAUCCCUACCCUCUACCUCCCCCGCCUCCCUCUCUCAGUGCAGAACUGCUGGAGUUGGGAGACAGCCUUAUGAAACUGGGGAACAUCACCACUCCCUACAGCCAGGAGCAGCUGUGUUCACACCACGCGUACAGCCAUAGCACUCUGUCUGCUGCUUACACUGGUCCCAGCCAUAGACAGGACCAGAGUUCAGUGCUCGACCACAUCACCAUCACAAACCCCCACUACGAUGGCACAGAGCAGAGUUACUGCUGCUCCACUGCUAAUCUGGCUGGUGAACACACUGCCACCUGUGCCCCCGAUCACACACACAACCCCACCCCUCCCUGUACAUACAACCAGGAACAGGCAGCCAAAUAUGAUGGCAGUCAAAAACCAGAGGGCUCUUACAACCCCCGCCCUGAGCACACCAGCUCCCAUGCUCCGGAGCGGCCCAACGUCCUCGAACACCUGCCCAAGGUGGCCCAUCAGCCACCUGCCCAGCUGUGCCUCCCGUCUCCAGAGCUCGAGCCAGAGCUGCUGCUCUCACCGGUGAUCCCCCCGGGGCGGCCUUUCACACCCAGCGACCCCCAGAGUCUGGAAGCCCUGGACCCCACAGCCAGUGCCCAGCUGCUGGACAACAUCAUGGCCUGGUUCAACAACAACAUCAACCCCCAGAACAACCCCCAGAGCCUGGCCCUCAUCCCGUCACCAUCCACCACGGAAACAGAAUCUUCCCCCGACACACAUACCGAGACUGAGAGCCAGGCAUCCAGAGGAGUGACCCCUGCCCAGCUCUGGCCGCCCCUGGAGGGCGAGCCACAGGUGGACGCAGAGUGUGAAAGUCCAAGAUUAGGUGCUGCAGGUGAGGAAGUCGCGACAACACCGAGGCCGUGCACACUGGAGCUGGUGGACAGAGAGUCUGUCAGGGAGAGCGUUGACUUGGCGUGUGUGGCAGGCCUGUCGCUGGACGAAGUGCACACACACCCAGGGUCCUGCUCCCAAGAGCUGAACAGCCCCACAGACACUGCCCCCGCAUCAGAGACCAACGUAGACCUUGUCCUUCAUCUGAAUGUGGAUCAGUCGCCUGAGGAGUGGGAGGAGCAAGUCCACCUGGUCUGAAAGAGUUUAAAGAAGGUUGAGCCGAGUACGAGAGCGAGAGAUGGAAAAAAAGAGUGAAGCACUAAUUUAAAAAAUAACAAAAAACCUAAGGAUGAGGUAAAGCCUGUGUAGAAGACUGGGGGUUCUAGGGUCUGGAGUGUUUCCUGUUUGUAUUAUAUUGUAUUUAAAGAAGGACAUGAAGCCCGGCACCCUUCUGUCCACUUCUGAUGAUGUCAUACUUAUUUUUAUUUAAAAGGAGUGACAAUGGAGUACAUCAACUACUGAGACCAUCAAUAGACAUUUAAUGCUGUAUGUGUUUUUUUAAUUACUAUUAUUUUAGCUUUUUAUUUAUUUUUCUGCCUCAUGUGUUUUCUGUUUGUUCAGGGUGAGGUUUUGGUGCUGCUGAAUAUCUCAUUUGGCCUUGCUCUUACAUUCACACACACAAGCCAAAUCUGACGACGAUGAUGAAGAAGAAGACUGUAAUCAUGAAGCUUGUUAGCAUGUUGUACAAUCAUAGGGCCAUAAUCCUCAUAUUUGGACCCUCAUACACUUUGUGCCUGUUUUCUGAUACACUGCUGAACUUUACAUUGUCAAGACUUCAAUAGAUCACUGAUGUAGUGUCUGUGGUGGGGGUCACAGCAGGUUCAUCUGGAUUAGAUGACAAAGAGUCACAGCCACAGAGCAACACAUGCAAGUUCAGUGGUUUUGCUCAAGGGCACUUCAACACCACGAGCACCGGUAUUUGUUUUCAGGGGAAUUAAUCCUUGCAAUCCUUGUCAGCCCUCGUCAUAUCUUUUCUACCAAUCACGAUAAGCAGUCAGUGGGAAACAAAAAUGUUUAUUUCUUUAUUUUUCCCCAUUUUUAAAAAUGUUGUCUUAUGUAGUUGUGACCAGAGUUGUUGAGUAUGUGUGCCUUUUUAAGUUUCUAUUAUAUUUGUUUCUUUUUGUUGUUUGUAUUUAUUUAUGCUGUUAUGUUGAGUGCACGCUGAACAUUGUUAUUCCUAAUAAUAGUAAUGAUAAUAGUGACAGCUAAUGGAGAACACACCACUCUGACUGUUGCCAUAACACACUGAGCUUCUUGAUGCACAUGAUUAUUAUGGUUUGACCUUUCAGUCCGGAUUUGUCUGGACUUCAUCACAGCUACGUUUCAGCAGUUUUACGAUUCAGGGUGUGAACUGAGGCUGAUCAGUUAUUCAUUCUCUUUAAACAACAACCGCAUUCAAGUCUGGUGUUAAUGCUUUGGUUUCAUUUUGAAAUUUGGGCCAUUUGUCAAAACAUUUUUUAAAAAUCCUGGUUCUCCAUCCUGUGAUGUUUUAGGGAUAUCGUUGGAACAUACUCGAGGUUCUUGUUCAUAUUUCUGUCUCAUUUUGAGAAUGUGAUAUGAACCUCAGACUGUAUGGCGUAGAAUUGAACACUCAUCAUCUACAUCUACGUUAAACUGUGAAGGUGAUGAGGGACAAAUUGUAGGGUCCUAAAAAGACAUUUAAUGAUGCCCACUAUGCCAUGAGUGUCCCACACUUCACUGCUUGGUAGACAGGACUACUGUUGUGUUGCAUGGUCUCACGAGUGUAAGGUCUUUAAAUUUGCACAUGCAGGUUGUUUUAGAGUUGCACUAAUCCAGUGCUUUCAGGCCAGAUAAUUAAAGCUGACAAGUAACACUUUUAUAUUAUUAUCAUUGUUUGAUUUGUUUUCCUACAUCAUAAUUUGAUUUGUGGCACUGGGCUGAUGUCAGUGUCCUUUUGUACUUCAUAUAUAAUAUUUAUAUUUUAACAGUCCCUCAGAAGAAAUGAAAACAGAAAAAAAAUAAGAUGAAACACAAUUGCACUUGCUAAUAAUGAUACAUUCCCAAUGGAUCCAUGAGAGGUUUUGUUGUGUGGCCAAAACUCUAAAGUGAAAGUGUCAGUGCAAGGUUUACUCUCAAUAAAAUGAACUGAAAGUGUGUUAGUUCUAAACAUUUAAUUUCAAAACGUCCUCCAAAAAGAGGUUUGUGUCCUUUCACUGAUGAAAAUUUAUAUUUGAUGGUAACCAAUGAUCUCAUGUGCCAGUAUCAGAUAUAACUAAAAUAAUUUUAAAAAAUGCUUUAUGCUUGGAUAUUUGAAACACAUGGUGUGUUAUUCAUAGAAUGUAUGGUUCUGAUAAUGACAGGCGAUUACAUCUGUGAAAAUCAAAAUAUACUGUAUAGUAAUGCUUUAUUAAGAAGCUGGGAGUCGCGAACAGUGGUAUUUGUCUCCCCCUGCUGGUUUUCAUAAGUACACAACAUUAUCAAGUGUUUUGUUUUGCGGUCUUAUUGUUUUUUCGGUCAAAUGAAUUAAACUGCAUAAACGUUUAAAACAAGCAAACCUGUAUGUAGUGACAUACUGUUUGUACUCUGUGUACAUUAGCUUUUUUAUAUUUUAUUUCUAUAAAUUAUAUUUGUAAUUAAAGGUGUGGAUGUACAGGUUUUAGCCAACA